AUGGCGCACAGCAGUUCUAAGCCGAACACAAGAAGCGCACCAGUUUUUUACGUAUCAAGAAAGGAAACAUUCAGCGCUGGCCAUAGGUUAGUGAACCCGAAGCUCAGUGAAGAGGAGAACUGGCAAUUAUUCGGAAAAUGUACAAAUCCAAACGGCCAUGGACAUAACUACCGGGUUAAAAUUACUCUCCGCGGAAAACAAGAUCCUAAAACCGCCAUGGUAAUGCACUUAAGCAAGGUGAAAGAGCUUCUGAAGUCAGUACUUGAACCACUCGAUCACAAAAAUCUUCAUAUGGAUAUCGAUUUCUUCAAGAUCAACAUGAGCACAACAGAGAAUACAGCCAGGUACAUAUGGAAUGAGAUGGAUGAAGUGCUACCCAAUGGUAUCUUGUAUGAAGUUAAAGUGUCCUCCACUGAUAACAACACCUUCGUAUAUAGAGGAGAAGUUGAAUAG